GUGUUGGCCGCGUGGGCCGUCAGCUUCCUGGUCCAGUGCGACCCCUUUGCCGUCUACUUAGUCCACCUCCUCCUGUGGUUUCUUCUCGAUUAUGUGCUCUUAUGUAUAGUUCAGAACGGUUCCAUACCAUUCAGUAAGACUGACUUUGUGGUGGCCUGGAUGUUGAGGGAGUGCUGUGCUCUCAUACUGUUUAUCAGAGCCCUAUGGGAACCGGACAUAAAGUGGAGGACCGGCACGUUUAAGCUGAUGUGGGGCGGUGUGGCCCAAGAAGUGAAAACAAAAUUAUAGCAUU